CAUGGACUUCAGCAUAUGAGCGUCACUUCUUCUUUUCUGCCUUACCUGUUCUUCCUGUAUCAGUUUGUGCUUUUAAAUGUCUUAACUACAGGUCCUUUUUACUUUUUAACGACAAGAAGGAGAGGGUAUCUUCGCCGAAUGUGAUUGGGUGCGGCGUUCUUCCAGAAAAGAAAAAAAAAAAGGGGUUUCGUACGGAGCAGCGGUGGACAUUUUUCCCUUUGUAUUUCUUGUCUGUUGUAGACAUUUUGGAUUCUAAGUUCACUUUAGUUUUUUUCCCCCUUCCGGUGGAUAAACUCGCUCGUAUGUCCUAACCGUCUCGUGUUACGGUUGUAUUUUUUUUUUUUUAAUACACGCUCACAGGAAGUUUAGCCGCGGGCGUCGCGCAGAACUUGGGACAAGCAAGUUACGCGAGGGUGAGCGCGAGGCGCAGGAAUGCGUUAGUGAGCCCACCGUCGCCCGCAACCCCCUGGCCAGGUAGCCGCCGGGCCACACGGGAGCUCCAUCCCCCGCUGAAAAAGGGCCGUGUUACGUGAACACCACUUUUUUUUCGUACCUCUCACUCCCAUGGACUCCUUCUUACUUUGGAGACAGAACAAAAGCAGUUCCGCGGAUUUAAAACACUCCCGAGGAUAUCUCAAUGUGAGAAAGCGCUAGACUCACGCCGCUGUAUUUGAGCCGUGCCUGAAGAUGACAAGCAAGCGGAACCUAUUUGUGCGGUUGGUGCCAUGCCGCUGUCUGCGGGGUGAGGAGGAGACCGUCACCUCUCUGGACUACUCCCACUGCAGCCUGGAACAAGUGCCCAAGGACAUCUUUAGUUUUGAGAAAACCCUGGAGGAGCUUUUCUUGGAUGCCAACCAGAUUGAGGAACUGCCCAAACAACUGUUCAACUGCCAGCUACUCCAUCGACUCAGCAUGCCGGACAAUGACCUGACAGUGCUGCCUGCGGCCAUCGCCAACCUCAUCAAUCUCAGGGAGCUAGACAUCAGCAAGAACAGUAUCCAGGAGUUCCCAGAAAAUAUCAAGAACUGCAAAGUUUUAGCCAUUGUUGAAGCAAGUGUGAAUCCUAUUUCUAAGCUCCCGGAAGGCUUCACUCAGCUCCUCAACCUCACUCAACUCUACCUGAAUGAUGCCUUCCUGGAAUUUCUUCCUGCCAGCUUCGGAAGGUUAACCAAACUGCAGAUUCUGGAGCUAAGAGAGAACCAGUUAAAGAUGUUGCCAAAAAGCAUGCAGAAGCUAACCCAGCUGGAAAGACUGGACCUGGGCAGUAAUGAGUUCACAGAAGUGCCUGAAGUGCUGGAACAGCUUACUGGAAUCAAAGAACUGUGGAUGGAUGGAAACAGACUGACAAUUCUGCCAGGGAUGAUUGGAACUCUGAAACAGCUGUCCUACCUGGAUGUUUCCAAAAACAAUUUGGAAAUGGUGGAUGAGCAGAUCUCUGGCUGUGAAAACCUACAGGACCUCCUCCUGUCCAACAAUGCUCUAACCCAGCUUCCCAGCUUUAUAGGUUCUUUGAAGAAGUUAACUGCUCUGAAGGUGGAUGAAAACCAGUUGAUGUACCUUCCGGACUCCAUAGGCGGGCUCACAGUCCUAGAAGAGCUGGACUGCAGCUUCAAUGAAAUUGAAGCACUGCCCCCAUCCGUUGGUCAGUGUGUCAGCUUGCGCACCUUUGCUGCAGAUCACAACUUUCUGACCCAGCUGCCCCCAGAAGUGGGCAGCUGGAAGAAUCUGACUGUGCUCUUCCUACACUCCAACAAGCUGGAGUCCUUGCCAGAAGAGAUGGGGGAGAUGCUAAAGCUCAAGGUCAUCAAUCUUAGCGACAACAAGCUGAGGAACUUGCCCUUCAGCUUCACAAAGUUGAAUCAACUCACCGCUAUGUGGUUGUCAGAAAACCAGUCCAAGCCGCUCAUCCCCUUACAGAAGGAGGAAGAUCCAGAGACGCACAAGACUGUGCUCACCAACUACAUGUUCCCGCAGCAGACGCGCACUCCUGAGGACUACACGCACAACUCGGACAAUGAGAGCUUCAACCCUUCUCUGUGGGAGGAGCAGCGCAAGCAGCGUGCACAAGUUGCCUUUGAGUGUGACGAGGACACGGUUCGGAGGGAUGCACCUCCACGGGAGGGCAACUUGAAACGGUACCCAACUCCCUACCCCGAUGAGCUAAAGAACAUGGUGAAAACAGCUCAGUCCAUUGCUACCAGGCUGAAGGAGGAUGAGUCUAGCGAUGAAUCUGGCAAAGAUACCAAGCAUGGCGAGAAGGCACACGUGGGCGUACGAGAUGUAGGAGUUAAGGUGGUGGAGAACACUUGUGCUAAUGGCAAAGCUGUAGAAACGGAACCAAAGGCACCUGUAAACAGCAUUCAGAACUCCACUACUACAGAGUCGUGGGACCAGGAGAUCAACAAGACUCAGAAGGUCCUGAUAAAUACCUCUGACAACAUGAAGACUAUGGUGAAUCAUGAGGACACACUAGAGGGGUCUGAAGAGCUCUCCUCUGAGGAUGAUGAGAUGAAGGUGGCAGAGAUGCGGCCUCCUCUGAUCGAGAUUUCCAUAAACCAGCCCAAGGUUGUUGCACUGAGUAAGGAUAAGAAAGAUGACAGCCGGGAUGCAGACUCCUUGCUGGACGAGACUGCAGCCAACAGCAACCAGAACAACAGCAACUGCUCGUCACCCUCGCGCAUGUCUGAUUCUGUGUCCUUGACAACCGAUAGUAGUCAGGAUGCCUCGUUGUGCACGCCUGAGAGAGAGGCCAAAGUGCUCUUCAUACCUAAAAGCAGUUCAACACAGGAGGAUGAGAAUCAGAACCAGCUGAAGAAAAGUGAGUCGCUGCUGCAGAAUGGAAAUGGGUUGGACACGUCACUCCAGGCCUUGCUGAAGAGCCGACCAGGGUAUGAGUCAAAGCCAGAGAAGACGGGCGGUUUGGACGUGUCUGUGGAGGAGAAGCUUUCACUCCUCAAGGAUGUUGACCUGAAUAACUGCCUGGGAGACUCUUACAGCAAGUGGGACCAGAUCAACAUGAAUGUGUCCACGCAACCACCGGACAACCUGAUUCAGUCCAUCAGCCAAGAAAGCACCAGCGGCCCUCCCACAAGAGAGAGCUCCAUUGACGCCAGUGUAGUAAACAACAACAACAACAGCAGCCCACCUGUGGAGUGUCUUCAAAAUGGCAGCCAGGAUUCCAGCUCACCACCAAAGUUGGAAAUGGUGCGAACGGCAGCGGUGGGCGUGACGGCGAACAGUGAGGUGUCGCUCUCUCGAAGCACUGAAGAGCUGUCUCCGCAAAAGAGGGUCCCUCCUGCACCCGUGGCCAAGUCCCAGAGCAUCUCCAACAUUGAGACGGGCGGCAUGAAGUUGUACGGCAUCGAUGGCGACUGUGGGCCCCAUGAGGCCACACCGGGCAGGGCAGGUUCAGCUGGUGCACAGGGGCAGAGCAUCGUACGGAGCAAGUCUGCCUCUCUACUCAAUGACCAGCCCCUGCAGGUCUACCCUGGCUCCUCGGCCUCCUCCUCUGACCUGCUGCUGGCCUCCAGACCAGCAGUGCCAAGGGUCCCGGCCCUGUCCACUGCACCCCCGCCACAGUACAACAUCCAAUAUACCAGUAGUACUGUGCCCAAAGAGAGCCUGUGGGCUCAGCGCACACCCAUUCCACCCGAGCAGGCCUACCUUCCACCCCAGCACUCCAUGGCCAACACCAACUAUUCGAACCGCAACCAUGCCCCACCAUACCCACACCAGCGUGGUCCACCUCUAACUCCAGACAUGUGGGCCAAGGACAGGAUGGGUCCUGGCCACUCCCGGGGCCCUUUGCAGCGCCAGAGCAGCAACUCUUCUGCCAUUUCGAUUGGUUUGGGCGACCCCCGGCGUGCAAUGCUUCCCGAUGGCGACUACGUGACAUACCGAGACAUACACACCUUGGGUCGGGGGCCUCCACUGGUAGCCCAGAGUACGCAGCGACCCCUUUCUGCCCGCACCUACAGUAUUGACGGACCUGGUAUGCCCCGUCCCCACAGUGCCCGGCCACCCGCUCAUGAGGUGCCCGAGCGGACCAUGUCGGUCAGCGACUUCAACUACCAGCAGGUGAGCCCCAGUAAGCGGCCCAAUGUGCGGGUGAAGUCGGAGCAUUCGCUGCUGGAUGCACCGGCCAGUGCCCGGGUACCCCCAGACUGGAGGGAUCAGGUGAUGCGUCACAUCGAGGCCAAGAAGAUGGAGAAGAGCAUGCUCUCCAGGUCCUUUAACACCAGUAGUGCUACCACUGUGAGCAGCUUUCACUAUGACAGCUGUAGGGAGGUGCAUGCUGGGGAUGGAAGGCCUUACGGAGCUCACGGCUUCUGUGAAGAUGGUUUUGGAUCCCAAGGGCAACAAGGCUACUCCAUGGACACCCUCAGAAAAGUGCCUUUAACAAAUGGCCAGAUGUGUCCGGCACCUCGUCCCCAGAUGACCUGUAGCCAGGCACCCAUGGCCCGGCAUCCGUCCCGCGAGCAGCUUAUUGACUACCUGAUGCUGAAGGUGUCCCAGCAGCCCCAGGGGCCGCCCCGCAUGCCCCAUGACGUCUUGCAGCAGGAGGUCCACGUGAAAAUCGAGAAGAAUCCUGAACUCGGUUUUAGUAUAUCGGGGGGAAUUGGAGGCCGAGGAAACCCUUUUCAUCCAGAAGAUAAUGGUAUUUUUGUGACACGGGUCCAACCAGAGGGACCUGCCUCAAAACUUUUGCAGCCUGGAGACAAGAUUCUGCAGGCGAAUGGAUACAACUUUGUCAACAUUGAUCAUGGAUAUGCAGUGUCUCUUCUGAAGACUUUCCCCAACACAGUGGACCUCAUAGUUGUUCGAGAGAUGUCUGCAUAGAGAGCAAAGAAAGAAAUUAAAAACAGCACCCAAGGACUCAAUGGAGCAUGAUGCAACAUGGAUUUUGAGUGGUCAUCACCUCUGCUUUAUUUUAUUUUUUUUAAACACUGAUGAGCCGGUUUUAAACAGAUUUUUGAACUGCUUAUGGUAUACAACAUUUAGAGAGCCGAAAAAAACAGUGCACCAAGUCAGAAACAGGUUCCGGUGUGGGAUCUCCUGAUAAUUUUUCCCCCUCAGAACAGUAGACUGAUGAUUUACUUCUGUGUGGAAAAAAAAUCCUGUGUCCUCUGUAUAGACUUUUAGGACCCCACCCCCUAACCCCCACAUGCUUUGUUAAAUAAUGCAGUUCUUGUAGUUAUGCGUAAAAUUGUAGCUGGCCAGUAGGGGCAGGGCUCCCUGUUUGCUAUGACCUAUAUGCCUUUAUUUUUUUUUAUUUUUUUUUAACUUAAAGUGCUGAAACCACUUAUGAAAUGUACAGUACAUAAGGUGACGAGAACAGCGCUAUGUGCAUAUUGUGAAAACAAAUGUAUUGCUGGGUUCAGUUUACUGGACAAUCUUAUGGUUCCAGUAUUCCGGCAAAGUCAUUGAGAACAUCCUCUGUCUGAUUGGAAUGGCAAUUUUCCAUGCCACCAGCAGUGGGUGCACGUUUGGACACUGGCAAUUGAGCAAUGAGACUAAACUACAGUGAAGUACACGCACUGAUCAAAGUCAGAAUGAUGCAUGUUCUCGACAACUUCCCCAAGCACUGCAGCAGACAAGCCUUUGGUUCGGAAUGUCAUAUCACCAAGUGGGAAACCUCAGUAUACGUGGUUCCGUGUGAUUUAGCUACACGUUGGUUUUUUCCUGCCUUUGAACACACUGGGAUUCUGAAACCAUGUGUUAAAAAUAGAACUUCAUAACUGGAAAGGGAGCUGCUCUGAGACCAUUGCUCUCUGCUGGCCCGAACCUGUAAGACGCAGCAAAAGCUCACCGUAUGUGGAAAUUGUGGGCCGAUCAAUUGGAAGGAAAAUGUGGGAGGAAUUGCAAAAUGGGGAAACAAUAACAUUUGCUUGGCCUUAAUUUGCCUUGCCCGAAGUAUGUGAAAAUAGGAAGUGAUAUGUGUAUGUGCUAGGUAACCAAAGCAAGUGUAUAAAAUGUGAUGAGGUAAUGGAGAACUGCUGAAGAUUAUUGGAGUGUGACGGGGGCUGGGGGCCUUGGCUUUGGACCCCUUUCAUCGGGGUUUACCGGUUAUAAAGGGCUUUCCCCAUUGGGUGGCCACUAUCCAGAACAUUCCCAGAACUCAGUUGUAAACGGUUUCUGACUCCUUUUUUGGAGAAGAAAAAAAUAAUCACGGUUUGCCUUUCCAUUGUGUAAAAAACAUCUUCAAAACAUCUUUGUAGUAAUCAUCCAAGGCUUUUGAUUUUCUUUUCCUGAAGAGAUAUGGUUUCAUACCUAAUAUUCCCUUAUUUUGGUGGUGUGUUUUUUUUUUUUUUUUGGUAUUGUGGUGAAUGGUAUGGACAAGGCAGAGAACAGGACUGUCAAGUGCCAUAGACCUGGAACUGUUUUUCCACAGGGAGAAGGGACUUUACCCUGUGACUCGAGCAAUACUCAUUGAUCUCCAUAGCAAAAAGAGGUGUCCUUCUCAGAAUCCAUUGGUGGUUCAUCGGACAAACAGCAAUAGAAAAAGGUUUUCUUUUAAAAGAGAAAUGUCAGAUAGUUUUUUUAAACAAAAAUGGAGUCCCUUUUAGAGCUCCCUCAUUGUUAUAUGGGAUUUUAUAUAUUGUUGAACCUUUUUGAUAACACAGGAAUUUGUGAAUGGAUGGAUUGUGUGGAAGAAAGGUCUUUCUCACUGUAGCCUAACUUGUUGGAGAUGCCCCAGAUUCUAUAGCUAGCCAUGUCGCCUGCAGCAGAUCUACCAUUUGCAUCCAUUGCUGCUUCCACCUCCUGUUUAGGAUUUCAGGAAGUUUCCAAGCAACUGUAGAAGCAUGUACAUUUGUACAGAACAGCGCAGUUGGACAAAAUUAUUAAAAUCAAAUGUAGUUGUGGAUGUAAAGUGUUGAACCAUCAAAGUGUACAAACCAGAUUGAUAGAAGGCUACAAAUGUGAAACAUAUCAUUUGUAAAAUGUCAUUGUUAAAAAUGUUGUUAGAAAGUGUAUUUAAAUGUAACUCUGGCUAAUGUAAAAGGAGCCUUCCUCUAUUUACAUGAGGUCUGCCUUUAUUUUCCUGAACAUUUUUUUUUUUUUUAAUGAACACACUGAUUUUGUCUGAAGUCAGUUGCAGUUUGGGGGUACAAAAAAACACAAUUUUCCUUCAAGUUAGUUGUAGAUUAAAUGAGGAUUUCUGUAAAACACUGGAUUAAACGGUCCUUUGACCUAACAGGUAAAUUUGUGGGUAGUUAAGCAUGUGUGCAAUUUUCCCUUUCCUCACCUCCAUUAAAAUGAUGAAUUUUUAGGAUUAAAUUAGGCUCUGAAGGAAAAUGAGACAUGAUCAUUUUUGGAUAAUGAAAUUUGAAGACUGUGCUUAUGUUUUCCACAGGGCUACUAAUGGUACUCUUGUUCCCCCAUGUGACUGUCUGCAGUCAUUGUGUUCAGAGCUUAGUGUCAAAUGGAGAGUGCUUUAUGUAUCACUUUAUCCCUGUUCAUUUUUUUUUUUUUUACAGUCUGAAUAUAAAACGCAGCUUCAUAAGCAUGCUUGAGCAACUGUAAAUUACUUUUUUGUGUCAAGGAAUAAUGUGGCUUUUGUUUUUUUGGAAAAGUUACAACUGACAGAUGAAGUGAAGAUAGCUUUCACUUCCAGAUCACACCUAGUGUCAUCAGAAAAUAGGGAAAUUGUGUGAUUUAUGUCUUUGUGCUCCUUGUAGCCAUUAGUGUGUUGUCCGCACGGUCUGAGCUCGUCAAACAUUCAUUAUAGACAAUCUGGGAGUUUAAACGUUGGGUCACGGGCUAUUUGAUAUAUCAUGAAAGAAAGUUUUAUUUUUUUCCUAACUGUUCCCACACUCAUUUUUUUUUAUUUAUUUAGCACAUUUUUCUCUGAUUUUAGACAUUACUAAUCAAAGUGUAAAUACUUUUUAAAAUGUCAAAUGAAAUGAUCAUGGCAUUAGUGACCUGAGUUUGUAAAACCAGCAAUAAAUUGCAACGCAGAAACAAUUUUUAAUGUAUAACUGUUUCAAAGGUGUCUCCGGAAGCAGCUACAAUGACGCGAUCGAUAUGCAUUUAUUCAACAUUCCAGUCUUUGUACAUAAAUAUACUG